CUCCUCCGUUUAUGCUUUAUAUCCCCCGCACCCCUAAUUUUGCUUCCUGAUCGAGUCACCUGAGGACUAUUCUUUCAUUAUUCUCUCUAUUUCCGGCAUCAAUACCACCGUUAACCGGUAUCUAUGGCGUUGAACAACGGAUUGAGAUCAUGCGCUUCAAAGCUGUUUGUCUCUGCCGAGUCGUCUCUCGCUAAGUCUGUACAAAGAGCGGGUAUCCAUUCAACUGGAGCAAAGAGAAUGGGAGGACAUGCACAUGGUCAUGAUGAGCCAGCGUACUUGCAUUCAAAGCAUAUGUACAACUUGGACCGCAUGAAGAACCAGAAGCUGACCAUGACUCUUGGUGUUUUCACUGCCUUCAGCAUUGGUGUUGGAGUACCAAUUUUUGCUGUUGUCUUCCAGCAAAACAAGGCUAAAUCUGGUUGAUCCCCCUCUCAUUACUCUUUUCUUUUCCCCUUGUGUUUAAUCUCAAUAAUGCAGACGACUUAAUGAAUGUCUUGUUGCAUGUUAUACGUUUUCAAAUCAUUUUCAUUAGAUUUUGACAUGUGAUGUUGUUUCAGCAUUAUUCUGGAAAUUGUUUUUUUUUCUUA